AUGCUGUUCUCCACAGUCACUGCGGCCCUUCUCUGUGUCGCAACUGCCACUGCAGCUGCUCUACCAUUGCCUGGCAAGCCACAAACAUACACUCCCGCGCGGAACCUCAAGAGCCUCUCCAAACUCUUUCCCCAGAGUACUCUUACUAGCCCAGACACACUCGGCCUAGACCUGAAGUACGUUGUCCUCGGUAUCGGCACACAAAACUACACAUGUAGUACGCCCGACGACAGCGUGACUCCUGGUACCACUGGUGCAUACGCUACCCUAUACGACAUCGGCACGAAGCUCAACGACGACAAGAUGGCCAAAUGGAAGAUUGGCUCCAUUUCGCCUCUUGCACUCUCGCUGAGCGAAUGGGCACCUCAAGUUGUUGACAUGAGCCUCAGGUCGCAGGGCUACGAACAUAUCGCGGGUCAUCACUUCUUCGCAGAUGUUUCAGGAACAAACACGCCAACAUUCGCUUUCGACAAGCUCAGCGCACCCUUCCCCAUGACCCAAGUGGCCAAAAUAGGCAAUGUCGACGCACCAGCACACGCAUGCCCAGGCAAGAAUGGCCUACCUGCUGUUCAGUGGCUGUAUCUCCAGCACAAGGCUGGUAUCACUCAGGGAGGAAUCGACACUGUCUACCGCGUCGAGACUGCUGGUGGUAACAAGCCUGCUACUUGCAAAGGCAUGCCAGCUUCUUGGGAGGUCAAAUACGCUGCGCAAUAUUGGGUCUAUGGUCCAAAGUAG